UUUGUUUACGGUGAGCCAUGAGUGUUUGUGAUGGUCAGCUGACGCGCCCUGUGUCUCCAGGCGUUCCUUGCUCCUUCCUCGUGUAUACAUAGAUGGCAUCUUUGGGUCGUGAGCAUCAUAUUGGUGUAACUAUUCCAAGUACAGAGCAAUGUGAUGGCGUCACUUUGUAUAAUAUUAUCUUGAAUGUGGGACCUGCUCAGUGGUCUGUAAAGCAGCGCUACAAUGCCUUUGCCGAGCUUCACGAUAAACUUGUCGGCAACCAUGGGGUUGCUAGAGACCUUCUGCCUCCCAAAAAGAUCAUCGGCAACAAGGAUCCUUCUUUUAUAGAAAAAAGAAGAGCUGAUCUACAACUCUACUUACAGACCAUCAUAAACUUUAUGCACCAUGCAUUACCUCAAGAAUUGGUAGAAUUUCUUGACUUUCAACACUAUGAACUGACACACCUUCUUCAGUCGCUUGCAAGACAUUUCUUCAGUGAGGGUGACAAACUACUCCUUAACUGCCAGGCAGUAAACUUCACACCUUUGCAGCUGCAUGCCAUCUCCUACCGGCUCAAAAAUCCUCUUCCUACCAACGUUGCAUCAGAGCAAGAGACAGAUUUCAGUCAUGUGGUUGACUUUGUUUCCCAGGUUCGACAUUUGGUCAUCGAAGGAAGCAAUUAUUGUUUAAGAACAAGCAACAUCAUCCAAAAUAAUCUUCCCUACACCCUGAACACAUUCAAGAAUGUUGAGAGACUAACACUGAAGAACGCCAGUGUUUCUCAAAUAGGUCAUCUUGGAGCAGUUAGAAGGACUACCAAAUAUUUGCAAGUGAAGUACAGUGGCAUGGUGCAAAUGUCUGAUGUUCUCCUCUGUGAUGCCGUAUACAAAGAAAGUGUUGAUGGCACUGACCCCUACAGGUGGUUGUUGCUUCAGGAUGUUGAUGUUAGCUGCAACCAGAUCACCCAUAUUGAUGAGUCGGUUGCUCUGACGCCUAAUGUUGAAAAGCUAAAUCUUAGUUCUAAUAAGUUAUCAUCAGUGGAAUGCUUAACUAAGCUACCACAUUUAGUAUCACUUAAUCUGUCAAAUAAUCUUUUCACCACUUUACAAGAUAUGCACACCAAGCUUGGUAAUGUGGUUGAUCUAGAUCUGUCACAAAAUAAUCUGUCCUCUUUAAAAGGCUUAAGUAAGCUCUAUUCGUUAUCAUCACUUAAUGUUUCGACUAAUAAUAUCUGUGAAAUAUCAGAAGUCAGUCAUAUAUCUCGUCUUCCUUGUUUGGAGACUCUAAUCAUUACAGGUAAUCCUGUAGCAACAGUAGUGGAUUACCGUACGAAGGUACUUGAGCUCUUCGGCCAGCGGGUGUCAGAGAUCUGUCUGGAUAAUGAACGGCCAACUCAAAAAGAGUUGGAAUUUGUAGCAGUCCUGCAGGCCAUCAGGGCAUCAAGAGAGGGACGGCUACCUACUCUUAGUAUAUCUAGUCCAAUUCCCAUUAGCACAAGCACUCUAUCUUUUGAUCGACCUGAUAUGGCAACAGCUGUCAGUGAAUCUUCCAAUAACAAAUAAUAUCUUAGAAAGAAUAAUUAGUCUUUGGGAGAUAAUUCAUCAAUUGGAAGGAUUGUUAAAAUUAAUUUAUUUUUUACACAAAAGGAGAAACUGUAAGAUUCAAAAUCUUCAUAAAAGUGCCAUGUGAUUUAUUUUUUCUCUGAUGACAGCAGUCCUUAGUUUGCUAACUAAUGAUUAGGUUUAUACACAGAAGUAAUGACAUGAUAACUUCGGGAAGUCAUUUACUCAGUAUACGAGUUUUUGAUACUAGUUAACUGGAAGAUUAUCCAUGGCAUAGUAUAAGGUUGAAAACAUUUGCCGAUUCUCCUCAGAUCUAUAUUUAUAUAUUUAUUUUAAACUCUUUAAUUCAUAUAUAUAUAUAAGUACACUGUGUAUGUGUAUGUAUAUACACUAAUAUUUUGAAAGCCUUUGUUGUAGAUGUGUGUUGUUGUAUUUGACUGAAUGGGUGAGAACAAUGAUUCUAGCAUGAAUCUAAUCUAGAUUUCUUGCAUUUUCUUAGUUUGGGAAGAAAGUUAAAAAAUUAACUCCAAAGUUCAUUUUAUGCUUUUAAUGGGCCUGACACAUUUCACUAAGAUACCAUUUAGCAUCCUCAGAAGUAGAGGCAAAGUGAACAUAAAAACAGUAAUACAUAUUAAAUGUGAGUGCGAUAAAAGGCGGGGUGGUUGGUUACCCUGUAGAGAAGACCUGGUAAUCUGGUCCUGCUUCUUGUUUGUUGGUUGGGGCAUUAGGUGUGUAAAUUGGCAGUUCUGUAUUGGUCUUGUAGAUGGUAAGACUUAACCUAGAUGUCAGCUGGCUGUUGAAAAUUGGAUGAUGGCAUUUGAUGUCUAAUUUAUUGUCACUGUAUCUUUCAAUUAUUUUGGUAUUGCUGAUCAGGAUCUCUCUGGAUAUGAUUUGGUUAUUUGUAGAAAUUGUGAUUUUUAAUGGAGGUGCCUUGAAAGAUAUUUUUUAUCCUGUUUAUUUACUGAAGGUGCUCGGCCUGAGCAUUCUGAAGCAGGCAUUUGAAGGCAUAAACAACAUUUAUCUCUUUCAAGCCAUUUUGUUUGGCAUUGGGAGAGGUCUUCAUGGGCAAGUUGGCAGUCUUCUUACUCGUGUAAUAAAUGGUGAACCGCAGCUUCAGUGGAAUCAUAUUUCUAUCAGUUAUGUCUCUAGAUAAUAUACUGUCUUUUGAACCAUUAAAAAGUAGCUCCUAUAUAUAAUACUGUAUAGUUUUAUAGAUGGGAAGGUUGUGUAAUGUUGAAUUCUUCAUUAGUGGUUGUGUGGCAGAUCACGUUCCAUUUGCUGACACUUUCACAUGUCUUCUUUGUGUUGUCUUAGGCUCUGUUCUCUGAUCCCACACUAUGUACAGUGGGCUCUUGGAUUUUCUUCCAUGCAAUAUCUGGGCUGGUUGGCUUGGUCUUCUGUGCUUUUUAUCCUUCAUUCACUGAGUGUUGUGUCUUGAAACCUUCUGGCUCUUUACUCCAGGGUUCUGAUAAGUUGGUGCUGGCCUUGGCUGUGGUGUCUGUCCGAGGUGCCUCCUCUGGGUCUUUCAGCCCAUUUCCUGUGCUCUCCUUUUUUUUAUGGUCUCUGUUUGCUUUCUGCCUUCUGAUUUGAGGCCAUUUGGGCUUCUCGUGUGUAUCUGCUGCAUCCUGUAACCUGCAGGCAGCAUACCCUCUGCCUUCCCAGCACAGUGCCUGGGUCCUCUACUAUUUGUGGUUUGUGCUAGUCGUCCUGGGCUGUGAGGUCUGUCCCCCUCGGGUCUGGUUGGUUUAGUCUCGGGCUGUGGGCUCUUUUUUUUUUUUU